GAUACAGUUAUUUUAUUAAUUAUUUUAAUAAAUGUAAUUUUGUUCUAUAUAUAUAGAAUAUCAGUAGUUAAAAUAAAGUAUUGGCUGUUUUUAAAAUGAAUUCACCCUAAAUAAAAAUAUGACUUGCCCUGGUAAAUAUAUACACAUCUGUAUACAGAAAAUAUGGACAUUUGGAUAAAGUUUAAAAAUAUUUUUUUCUGGAGUUUAUGUAUUUUUGUAAAUAUGUUUAAAAUCUGCUUAGUCAUAAAUCCUCUGUAAGUGUAUCUUAUAGCCUGAAGAUGAAAGUCCAUGUGUAAAUAAUAAAAAAAAAAACUAUUUUAGACAAAGAGUCUAUUCAGAUUAUAUGACUUCUGGUGGAUUUGUGGAUUUUGACUACUUUUGAAUAGUCAUUGUCAUGCACACAAAAAUCAGCCUGUGUUGUAUGUAAGGCAGUGGAGAAAAUUAUUACAUAAAGCCACACCCCAGACCAAUAUCUGUCUCUUUACUGGAGUUAACAUGAUUAAUAUUGAGCUGCUGGGAAGACGUUUUCCUCUAUAGCAACCUCUUUAUGGUAAGCUAAAUGCUUUCAUUUAACUAAACGUGUGGGUAUAUGAAAACUUGUAAUGUGACAUUUUAAUUGAAUGAAACAAACAGGAACAAUAUAAAAGGUAAUUUAUACUAAAAAUAUAUUUAUUUGAUUUAAUACAUUAAAAUAUUAUUCUGGUAAAUCCUGGUUUACAUAUAAACAAUUGCCUUAUUGUAAAUACUAAGAUUUAAAAAGGACUUUAUACCAACUGAACAAUAAAACAGUUUGCUAAAAAUUUUAAUCAUUUAUCAUCUAACUUGAAGCUCAUAUAAUUAUGAAUACUGUUUUAUUGCCUUUUAAAUUACCUUUAAUUUCAAUGACAAAAUCAUGCAAGUCUUAACCUAAAGUCUUUAUGUUAAAAAAUGGUUUUUCAAAACUUUUGAAAAAAUGCUUUAUGUAUGUUAAGAACAGAAGUAAAACCUCCUAACAUGACAUUGCUGAUAUAAUCUCCAACAGCAUCACUCACUUCAUAAGGAUGGCUUAUAAGUUAAUAAGAAAUUCCUCAAUUAGCUAUGCUCUAUGCUUUCCUGUCCAUUACUCUCUUGUGUUUCUCAGUGCAAUUCCUAAACACUAAAAGGGUCCUCCAUUAGUGCUGUGGUAAACACUGACUCCAUUUUAAUGACUUUCUUUUCCAAACAAUAAAAUGGAUCUUUUAGAUCUCUUAUAAGUGCAGCUAAAAUGUCUAAAGUGCAUCUGUUUUCUAGCAAUAACUUUCACAAUUAUUUAUAAUGUUAGAAAACACCAUUCUUUCUCUCUUGUAUUAGGCUCUUGUCUUGUAAUAUGUAAAAUUGCCUUUGCAUUUCAGUAAGCUUAUUUCUUGAUGCCUGAACUCUGAAUUGUGUGCAUAUCAAGUUUAUGUUAACUCAGUGUGUCUCAAUUUGUUAGGACUAAAAUGGGGCAGUUGUGCAAACUUGUACUGUUCGUUUUGGUUCUGAUGGCAGUGCUACACAAUUCAUCAGGAGGAAAGAAAUUGUUUGGGGGCAAGAACACCCCUUCCAAGAAGCCAUCCGAUAAACCAUCACAAGGGACCAAGACCCAGCCAAACUAUUCCAGGCAACCCUCUUAUCCUGGAGCAGGAAGUAACCCAGUCUACCCUAACCAGCAGUAUCCUGGUAGAGGCAGCUCUAGUCCGAGAGCAGGUAGUUAUCCUGCUGGUGGCAGCUAUCCUUUGGCUGGUGGCAACCCUAAUCAGUAUCCGGGAAGAGGGAGAUCCAAACCAGAAGGAUAUCCCAACCAGAAUCCUGGAGCAGGUAGCUAUCCUGCUCGUGGUAGCUAUCCUUCGGCUGGUGGCAACCCCAAUCAGUAUCCAGGAAGAGGGGAAUCCAACCCAGCGGGAUAUCCCAACCAGAAUCCUGGAGCAGGUAACUAUCCAGCUGGUGGCAACCCCAAUCAGUAUCCGGGAAGAGGGGGAUCCAACCCAGCAGGAUAUCCCAACCAGAAUCCUGGAGCAGGUAGCUAUCCUGCUGGUGGCAGCUAUCCUUCGGCUGGUGGCAACCCCAAUCAGUAUCCGGGAAGAGGGGGAUCCAACCAAGCAGGAUAUCCCAACCAGAAUCCUGCAGGAGGGGGUUACUCUAACCUGUAUCCAGGUAGAAGUGGGUAAAGCCCUGGUGGGUAUCCAGCAGGUGGAUCUUACCCAGUAAGAACUGCAGGACAGCCUGUAGGAUACCCAGGAGGACACCCUUCCAUUGGAGGGGGAUAUCCCAACUGGAACCCCAACAAUAAGAUUCUUAGUCCACGCUAUGGAGGUUCAUUUGGAGGUGGUGGGUUUGGCAUGGGUGGCUCCCCUUUCUCCAAUACAGUGAAAAGCAUGGGCUAUGGUCCUUCUGUUAAAUCCAAAGGCUUCGCAAAAAAGGCAGUACUAGCUGCAGGCAUUGGGGCAAUGGCAGGAAUGGCUGUAGGCUAUGGAAUUGGAAACUUUCCACGCCCCAACUUCCAAUUCAAUAGCCCUCAGGAGGAGCGUCAAUACAACCACUACAUGUACGAACGUCAGGGCAUUCGUUCUAAAGACAGAAAUAACAAAAUAGGACCAAACUACACAUCAAAGCAACCAUCCCAGACAUAUGAGCAAUACAUGAGCACAUGCAUGAAGCGAAAGGAUCUUCUAAAAGAGCAUGAUAAAACAGAUUCUGCAGAUCACAAGAACAUUCAAAGAGAUGAGCCACUGACUGAUUAUGCAGCUAUGACUAUAGACUACUUAGAGAAAGGUGGGCCGGAGAAGAAUGACACCACAUCCCCUACAACUGUCAAUAAUUAUCCAAAGGCUUCUGCGAUUUGUGAGGAUGAUGAUGACACAGUGAGUAUCAUACAGAUUGGUUAUCCAGCUCUCACUGAGCAGAUGAAAGUUCGAAAGUGUGUUGAGUUGUACUUGGUUCACUCUGAGAGCUUAAUGGAGGAGCAGGAAGAAGAUAAGAAGGACAAAAAGGGAAGAAAAGUUUCCAGUCCUUCCAAUAACCACAAUGGGCACAGUGUCUCUGAAGUGCUUCUGUUGCUCACUACUUUCUUUAUGCUUCUUAGUAGCACUUAGUAGCGCUGCCAACAUUGAUUAUAUACAAAGGAAUACAUUUGCCCUUCCUUUCCACUCUCUAAAUCUAGGAAUCCAAAGGUGAAGUUACAUUUUAAAUGUUGUGUAUAUUAUCAGUCUUGACUGAAGUUUCUCUUAUCUGCUCAAAAUGUAAAAACAAACAAACAAACAAACAAACAAACAAACAAACCUUCCCCUCACUGACUAUUUAAACAUACAGUAUAAGGCAAAUGCAUUACAUACGGGCCCAUGCAUUUUAUGAAUGUAUUUUGUUAUUAUAACUGUAUACAAAACUGUAAUUAUUAUUAUUAUUCCUGGGAAAUAAAAAACUACAUUAUUGUAAUAAAAUGUUAACCAAUUAAUUUAUUAAUAGGAAUUUAAUGUUAUGGAUCUAUUUAAUUACAGUAACCAUUUAUAUUAUUUACAAAAACAUCAUCAUCAUCAUCAACUACAACAACAACAACAACAACAAUAAUACAUUUUCCUGGAGGGAUGGGAGGGGGUAUUUAAUUUAAAAAAAGUGUUAACUGAUAAAUGAUUUUAUAUUGAUUAUUUAUUUAAAAAUAUUUAUUAAAGUUCAUAUCUUUCAGUAGUUCUCUCUAAAUGUUCUCUCAUGAAUGUGUGGUGAAAUCUACAGU